AUGACUUCGCUACGAAUUCUCGUCCCCAUCAAGCGGGUCAUUGACUAUGCCGUCAAACCCCGCGUCAACAAGGCCCAGACGGGCGUCGAGACGGCCGGCGUCAAGCACUCCAUGAACCCGUUUGACGAGCUCUCGGUCGAAGAAUCGGUGCGCAUCCGCGAAAAGAAGCGCAGCCCCGGCGGCGUCGAGGACAUUUGCGUCGUGUCCGCCGGCCCGGCCAAGGCGCAAGACGUGCUGCGCACCGCCAUGGCCAUGGGCGCGGACCGCGGCGUGCACGUGGAGCUGGCCGAGGGCGAGGAGCUGGAGCCGCUGACGGUGGCCAAGAUGCUGGCCGCGACGGUGGAGCGCCAGCGCAGCAACCUCGUCGUGCUCGGCAAGCAGAGCAUCGACGACGACGCCGGCCAGACGGGCCAGAUGCUCGCGGGCCUGCUGGGCUGGCCGCAGGCGACGCAGGCGAGCAAGGUCGAGUUUGGCGACGCCGACGCCGUCACCGUGACAAAGGAGGUGGACGGCGGCGUGGAGACGGUGAGGGCCAAGCUGCCCAUGGUGAUUACGACGGAUCUGCGCCUGAAUGAGCCCCGGUACGCGAGCCUGCCCAAUAUUAUGAAGGCCAAGAAGAAGAAGCUGGAAAAGUUGAAGCUCGGGGAUCUCGGCCUCGGCAACGAGACCCGCCUCAAGAUUCUCAAGGUCACUGAACCUCCCGCGAGACAAGGCGGUGGCAAGGUCGAAGAUGUCGACGGCCUUGUCAGCAAGCUCAAGGAGCUCGGCGCUCUGUGA